AUGUACGUGACUGCAUCCCCUUUCACCAGUCGAGUGCGCUCGUUCAUUCCUCUGCACAGCUCGAUGCCAUCCCCACAAUCGGCUACUCAAAUUCUCUCCUAUAUCACCGCCGUGCGCUAUCUCUUUGAUGGCCGUAAGCUCACACAAGAAGGAUACGAUAAAUAUAAAGGCGGAGUGUUCAAGAUAGCCAUGCUCGACCACUGGGAGGUCAUCGCGAGUGGGCCCCGCGCCAUCGAAGAUAUAAGCAAAGCACCCACCGACACCUUAAGCCUCCUCGAUGCAGUUCAACGCACCGCCGAGGUCGACUAUACCCUCGUCCCGGAAAUCCGGCGCGACCUGUACCAUAUACACAUCAUUCGCUCGCGCCUGACGAGAGGCCUCAACGCGCUCUUCUCUGACGUGCGUGAGGAGGUUAUCUCUGCGUUCAAUGGGCUCGUACCAGUGACGGAUGAAUGGGUUCCAUAUCCCGCUCAAGAAACAGUGAUGCAGAUCGUUUCCUGGGCUAGCAACCGCGUUUUCGUAGGCCUUCUAAAAUGUCGCGAUGCGGAUUUCUGCGCGCUUAACGUCGAUUUCACCAUCGCCGUCGUCAAAGCCGUUCUCGUCCUCAACCGCUUCCCAGACUUGAUGAAAUCGCUUGCGAGUCGCCUGCUUACCAGCAUCCCCAGCGCACGCGCUAUCCACCACCUCGCCCCCAUAAUUGAAGAGCGUCGUGCGAAGCAGCUCGCCUUGGGCGAUUCAUGGGAUGAUAAACCGGGCCAAGAGCAGUCCGUACGCAACUUGGCGAUUCGGAUCCUCACCGUGAACUUUACGGCCAUCGAUACUUCGUCUAUGAGCUUCACUCAGACGCUCUACCACUUCGCCGCGAAUCCAGAGUACGCAUGCGUGCUGCGUGAGGAGAUCGAGUCCGCGGUCGCGGAAGAUGGGUGGACGAAGCACGCGCGGGAACGUUUCUCUCGUGCGCAUCGCUGCCGACACACCACGAUCCUGAACUGUAUGCCCAUUCCGACGUCUUCGAUCCCUGGCGCUUCGCCAGCAUGCGCGAAUCACACCAAUUCAGAUGACGACCUGAGCGCCCUGGUCAGGGCCAAACUCCAGAUAGUGUUCACCAGCACAGACUUCCUAUUCUUCGGGCACGGCAAGCACGCCUGCCCCGGGCGCUUCUUCGCCGCCCACGAGAUAAAAGCAAUGCUUGCGCACGUCGUCGUCGCCUACGACGUCAAGUUCGAGAACGGCGCUGCAGACUUCCCGCCAAAUGUGUUCAUUGGCUCUGCCUCUUUGCCGGGAAAGGGACAGGUCAUAUUCAGGAAGCGGCAGGUGAGCGACGAGUUGACUCUCGCUUUCCUAGAAAAGUAG